AUGCAACUAUCGAACUGUGUGAAACAAAGGGGGUUAUCCACUUCGCUGCCGAAGCCGUACAACGGCUACAAUCAGCCGUCCAUCGGCUGCAUGUUUGUUAAUAAUGAGAGAGCUGUUUGUUACACGAACCCUCCAGUCGCCUAUGACUUGCUGUUGCCAUGGGAACCUCGACAGCUGGAUUGGUCUACCACCACGGCCGUGUCAACGGUGCCCGAUCUCUUCCCUCGAUAUGCACCCUUGGAAGACUACGUCACCAAUGCCUUCUGGGCAAAUGUAAAGAAAGACAAAAACUUUUUCAAGAGAUUUCCUGAAAUCUCACAAGAUUUAACAAAUGAGAGAUCUCGAUUAUACAGCUCAAGUGUGGGAGCUGGCGCCAACGACAUCAGUGAGCCAGCACACAAAAUGUGGAAGAAGAAGCCAGCCACGGAUGACACCAGCUUUCAACAUGUCAGCACAAUUUUGUGGAACGAAAGCGGAGACUGUGUCCUGAUCUCACCUGCAGCAGCUCCUGGAUCGGGGGACAUCCCUGCGCUGUCAUUUAGCUCCUCUCUGUGCUGGGACAUCAGGAUGGCCUGGUGGCUAGUAGUGACCCAUGGCUUGUACAGAAGACCUCAGACUAUCUUCAUCCCUGCUUUCUUGGUCCUUCUCACCUGUGUGCAGAGCCAGCCGGACUCCCGAUCGCUCAGCGCUGAUCACAUCAUUGUGGCUAACCGAGGAGUCCGCGUCCCGUUCGGUCGAUCGGUGACCCUGGACCCGGUUCUGGAUCUGCUCAUCCAAGUACAGCCCGGAGACAAGUGUGUGCUCAACGUGCUGGACAAUGACCCUUUAUCCCAGAGACCGGGCUGGGUUUCUCCUAAGAGGUUCUCGUGUGACUUUGGUCCUGGAGAAGUGAAGUACACCCAUCUGGGCUCCCGCAGUCCCCCUCGGGAUAAAGUAAGGCUGCAGCUUAAAUAUGAUUCUCCUACGGAGACUCUCAUCAUCCCUUUUGUCUUGGAGGUGGAGGUGAUUUUCCAGCAGCUGGAGAUAGUCACUCGCAAUCUGCCGCUGGUGGUGGAAAAGCUGCAUGGACUCAGCGUUCCUAUUGACAAGAAAGUCCUGGGGUUCACCUAUGACCCUGCCAAGGAGUCCUGCAAGAUCACCCCUCUUCUUGGGACAGGUGGGAUGCCAAGGUAUGGGCACCUUGUGAAUUUGACUUCUGCCUCCCAGCAGGGCAUUGACUGUCACAGUUUUACAAGUUCAGGGUUUCGCUACCAGCACACAGCCCCUCACAAUUCACCUAACAGAGACUAUUUGCCCAUGCUGGUGGAACUGACAAGUGGCAGCAGUGCCCCUAGACAAGAACACUUCCAUCUGACUGUCCGGAUUAAAGAAGGAGUUGAGAACACCCCACCACGCCCUAGUUUUGUUUCCAUGCUUAUGAUGGAGGUGGACCAGUUCGUACUUACCGCCCUGACUCCUGAGAUGUUGGCAGCUGAGGAUCUGGAAUCUGACCCUGGGGAUCUUAUCUUCAACCUGACGAAUCCUCUAGACCCAGACACAUCUGGCUACCUGGUGAGCACAGAUGAUCAGAAUUUACCCAUUACCUCCUUUUUCCAAAGAGAUGUAACAGAGCUAAAGAUUGCCUAUCAGCCCCCUUCCAGCGAGUCCUGGCUGGAGAGGAUCCUUCAGCUAGAGAUGCAAGUGAUUGAUACUGAAGGUGCCUCCUCUGAAACCUUUGCCUUUAUGAUUGUGGUCAAGCCUAUGAACACUUUGGCUCCCCUGGCAACACGGAAUUCUGGUCUCUGGCUCCUGGAGGGUCAGUCUAGACCACUCUCUGGGCCAGGCUCUGGGUUGAACAAUCUGAUCAUCAGUGAUGAGGACAAUAUAGAUGAGGUGAAACUGAGUGUGGUGAGUGGGCUCAGACAUGGACAGCUUGUUCUAGCACAUGGGAGCACUGCCAGUGACAGUGGGAGCAAGGGCUUUACCUUCACGCCUCAAGAAUUGCACUCUGGUCUGGUUGUCUACCAGCACGAUGGCAGUGACACAUACAGUGAUAAUCUUAUCCUAAGAAUGGAUGAUGGAAAGCAUCGUGUGGAAUUGCUCUAUCCCAUCACUGUGUCGCCAACAGAUGAUGAGCCCCCAGUGCUCAAUGCAAAUACUGGACUAAGUCUACCAGAAAAAAAUAUUGCCCUUAUUUCACCUUUUAUGCUCAGUGCUACAGACAUUGAUUCAGAAGAUUCCACAAUCCUUUUUGUGCUGCAGGAGCCCCGCAGCCACCUUGGGGAAAUAGUUCUUAGACAGGUAGAAGAACCUGCUGAGGAAGAAGGUUGGAGAUACCUUUCUGAGGAAGGAAUGUAUGAGAGAGUGGUAAGCCAGUGGUACCAACAAGAUAUUGUGGAUGGCAAACUGUAUUACAAGCAUGUUGGUCCACACAGUACUGAGACUGUAUUAGAAAAGAUAGUAUUUGUGGUAAUGGAUGACAAUGAUCCACCUAACCAGUCUGUACAACAGAUAUUUACUGUACGAAUAGAACCUAUAGAUGACAUUCCACCAGAGCUAUUCCAAGGGACAACUUUACAUAUGACUGUUAAAGAAUAUGAACUGACCCCUUUUAGAAAAAAGCAUUUACGCUACACAGAUAUGGAUACAGAUGACAGAAACCUCAAGUACACUAUUCACAGUCACCCCAGAGACGCUGAUCCUAACCACCCUGCUCCAACUGGCCACAUAGUGCUUAGUGACCUCCCAGAGGUUCAGGUCACAUCCUUUACACAAGCCCAGGUUAACCACCAUAAAAUUUCCUACAGACCCCCAGAAAAGGAACUCGGAAUAGCCCCCAAAGUUUUGCAGUUUAAUUUCACAGUAGAGGAUGCUGCAGGAAAUUCAGUUCAAGGAACUUUCACUAUCUUCUUACAGCCUGUAGAUAACAAACCACCUGAGAUUAUUAACACUGGAUUUACUGUCUCAGAGAGGGGUUCUUUUACCUUUACUAAAAAUGAGCUUGAUGCAACUGACCAGGAUACAGAAAUUAAGAACAUUAGGCUUACACUAUCACAGGCCCCAUUACAUGGUAACUUCAAGAUUCAUGGUGAGCCCUUAUCACCAGGAGAAUCAUUUGGUUUACCUGAUAUACAGCAAGGCCAUUUAACCUAUGUGCACAAUGGUGAUGAAUCCAUAGGGGAUACUUGUUCAUUUGUUGUCAGUGAUGGCAUACAUGAAGUGCCCAUAACAAUACAGAUACAUGUUAAACCAGUGGAUGAUGAAGCACCUACUCUCAUGCUCCCUGGGGGACUUUUAGGAUCUUCCUUAGAAGUCCUGGAGAGGGGAGAAACAGAGAUUACAACCAAUGUCAUCCAAGGCACUGACCCAGACACAGAUGAUUUAAUGCUGACAUUUAUUGUGGAAGAACCUCCCAAAAUAGGGGAAAUAUUGGUCAGUGGUUUACCUGCUGAGAGGUUUACUCAGCAGGACCUCCUCAAUGGUGAUGUUGUGUAUGCACAUACCUCAGGAGAGGUAGGCCUUGAGAGGCAGCAAGACCUCUUUAACUUAACAAUAUCAGAUCUUUCUGAUGAGUGGGUAGUCGGAGGCAACAAAGUACAGGGUGUAACGGUUCAUGUGACAAUUCUGCCAGUAGACAGUGAAGCCCCUAUUGUAAAAUUAGGAGAACAAUUCUCUGUACUAGAAGCAGGAAAAAACCUGAUUACACCAGAUCACCUAGAUGCAGAAGAUGUUGAUACACCAAAAGAUGAAAUACUGUGCACUAUAAUUGUGCAGCCGACAUCAGGAUAUGUAGAAAAUAUCUCCCCAGCCCCUGGUUCUGAAAAAUCCAGAUCUGGAACUCCUAUCAGCGCAUUUAGUAUAAGAGAUAUUCGUCUUGGACAUAUAUAUUAUGUUCAAAGUAUUCACCAGGAAGUAGAACCUGUAGAGGAUAGGUUUACCUUCCGCUGUUCAGAUGGCAUCAGCUUCUCUGAACGCCUCUUCUUCCCAAUUGUAAUUAUUCACACAAAUGAUGAGAAACCAGAAAUCUUUACCCGAGAGUUUAUUGUUAUGGAGGGCAUGAGUCUGGUUAUAGACACUCCGAUCCUCAAUGCUGCUGAUGCGGAUCAACCUCCAGAUGACCUUCUCUUUAUUAUCACACAGCCCCCUCAGCAUGGUAGAGUAGUAUUGCAGCAAAAUCCUUUCCCUAUCCUUAACUUCACAUUGGAGGAUAUUAAAGAGAGUUCCAGCAUUGUUUAUGAACAUGAUGACUCAGAGACAAAGGAGGAUAGUUUUACCAUUCUCCUAACUGAUGGAGAACACAGUGUAGAAAAGAAAAUCCUUGUAAUGGUUAUUCCUGUAGACGAUGAAACUCCAAGACUAACAAUCAAUGAUGGUUUAGAGGUUGAAAUUGCAGAAACUAAGUUAAUUACUAAUAGGGUUCUAAAAGCCACUGAUUUAGAUUCUGAUGAUAAAUCCCUCACAUUUGUCAUUAGAUUUGGCCCCAAUCAAGGCCUGUUGCAGCGGCUUGACCAGUAUGGUUCAGUUUUGAGUAACAUAACAGUAGGAAUGAAUUUUACCCAGGAUGACAUUGACAAAAAUCUCAUUCAGUACACUCACUUAGGCCAAGAAGGUAUCCGAGAUCUCAUGAAAUUUGACAUCACAGAUGGCACUAACCCAUUCAUUGACAGAUAUUUUUACAUUAGUAUUGGAAGUAUUGACAUUGCUUUCCCAGAUGUUAUUAACAAAGGAGUCACACUAAAAGAGGGGGGAAAGGUAACUCUGACCACUGACCUUCUGAGCACCAGUGACAUCAACAGUCCAGAUGAGAACUUAAAAUUUAGUAUUACAAGGGCACCAAGUCGUGGUCACUUAGAAAACACAGAUCAGCCUGGAGUCCCAAUUACUGCUUUCACCCAGCUACAGCUAGCUGGAAAUAAAAUCUAUUACAUUCACACUUCAGAAGAUGAAAUGAAGAUGGACAGAUUUGAGUUUGAAGUUACUGAUGGCUACAAUCCUGUCUUCCGUACUUUUAGAGUUUCAAUAACUGAUGUGGACAAUAAGAAGCCAGUUCUAACAAUUCAUGACCUCCCAGUGAGUGAAGGAGAGAACAAACUUAUCACUCCCUUUGAACUCACAGUUGAAGACCUGGACUCUCCUGACCAUUUGUUGAGAUUUACCAUCACUCAAGUACCAGUUCAUGGUCAGAUUUUACUCAACAACAGUCGUCAGGUGUCCACAUUCACCAAGCAAGACCUUAAUGAAAAUCUCAUCAGUUACAAGCAUGAUGGUAGUGAGACAACUGAAGACAGCUUUUCUUUCACUGUUACCGAUGGAACCCACACAGAGUUUUAUGUAUUUCCUGACAACUCCUUUGAAACAAGAAAGCCUCAGAUGAUGAAGAUUAGAAUUAAUUCCCUAGAUAAUGGUAUUCCCCAAAUUGUUGUCAAUAAAGGGGCUUCAGCUAUAAGAAGUCUUUCUGGCCAUCAUGGUUAUCUAAUAACCAGUAAAUCAUUAAGAGCAGAAGAUCGUGACAGUCCCAACAAACUUCUCAAAUACCGAAUCACAGAUGGACCAAAACAUGGUGUUAUCAUCAACUUGGCACAUGGCAAUGAAUCUGUGAGGACAUUCACACAAGCUGAUAUUGAUGACCUGAAAGUCUGUUAUCUUCUUAAAGAUGGUGACAAUGCUACCAGUGAUAUCUUUCACUUCUCAGUAGAAGACAAUGGCGGUAAUAAACUUAGAAGUCAGCCAUUUCGUCUCAACUGGGCUUGGAUUUCCUUGGAGAGAAAUCAGUAUACUAUAGAUGAAGAUGCCAAGUUCCUUGAAGUUACACUGAAACGCAGAGGAUACCUUGGUGAAACCUCUUUUGUCAGUAUCAAUACAAAGGAUGGUGCAGCAAUUAAAGAUAAAGACUUUAAAGGAAAAGCACAGAAGCAAGUGCAGUUUAACCCUGGACAAACAACGGCCACAUGGAAGGUCAGGAUAAUAGCCGAUGAUGAAUACGAGGAAUCUGAAACCUUCCAGAUUAUCCUCUCUGAGCCUGUUAUGGCAGCACUGGAGUUCCCUCACGAAGCGAUUGUGGAGAUUGUGGACCCAGGCGAUGAAUCUACUGUAUACAUACCACAAGCUGAGUAUAAAGUCGAGGAAGAUAUUGGAGAAUUACUAAUACCUGUUAAAAGAUCAGGGGACGUUAGUCAAGAAUUUAUGGUUGUCUGUUCAACUCACCAAGGUUCAGCUACAGGUACUGUCCCCACAUCGGUUUUGUCAUAUUCCGAUUAUAUCACUCGCCCAGAUGACCACACCAGCAUUGUCCGAUUUGACAAGGAUGAAACGGAAAAAUUCUGUCGCAUUAUCAUAAUCGAUGACUCCCUUUAUGAAGAAGAUGAGGUGUUCAAUGUCACCUUAAGUAUGCCAAUGGGUGGCCAAGUAGUGUCUGAAUUCUCCAGUGCCAAAGUAGUUAUUCUGGCAGAUAAUGAUGAUGAACCUGCCUUCUACUUUGCCGACACCGAUUAUCAUGUGGAUGAAAGUGCUGGUUAUGUGGAAGUUCGAGUCCGGAGAACAGGAACGGAUCUCUCCAAAGCAGCCACCAUCACAGUACGCUCCAGAAAAACAGAGCCAUUGUCUGCUGAUGCUGGCACAGACUAUGUUGGAAUUAGUAGAAACUUGGACUUUGCUCCUGGGGUAAACAUGCAAAGCUUUCGAGUGACCAUCCUUGAUGACUUGGGCCAACCAGCUUUAGAGGGUCUAGAAAAGUUUGAACUGGUCCUUCGUAUGCCUGUAAAUGCUGUUCUGGGGGAACCAAGCAAAACAACCAUCACCAUUAAUGACACCAUCUCUGACUUACCCAAGGUGCAGUUCAAGGAGUCCAUUUACAUUGUGAAUGAGAAGGACAAGCAAGUAACAGCAAUGAUUUACCGCAGUGGUGAUGUCAGCCAUAAAUCUACAGUGCGAUGCUACACUCGCCAGGGCUCUGCACAGGUUACAAUGGAUUACGAAGAGAGGCCAAACAAUGAUGACUCAACAGUUGUAUUCUUGCCAGGUGAGAGUGAGAAGCCAUGUGUGGUGACUCUCGUGGAUGAUAGCAUUUAUGAGGAGGAAGAAGAAUUCAGACUUCUUCUUGGAACGCCAAAGAGUGAGUCACGCUUCGGAGCUUCAAUUGGAGAACAGAAGGAGACACUGAUGAAAAUAAAGGAUCUGGAAGACAAACCCAUCAUUAGAUUUUCAGAGGUUAAAUACAGUAUAAAAGAGCCCCAGGAGGCUGGAGAAACCACUGUAGUGAAGAUUCCUGUACUGCGCAUGGGUGACAGUUCUAAAGUGUCUGUUGUAAGAAUCCACACAAAGGACGGCUCAGCCACCUCUGGUGAAGACUACAAUCCACUCUCUGAAGAUAUUGAAUUUAAAGAAGGGGAUACAGAACACUUUAUCGAAAUAGAAAUAUUAUAUGAUGGCAAAAGGGAGAUGCGCGAAGCUUUCACUGUUCAUCUGAAGCCUGAUGACAACAUGGUAGCUGAAACUCAGAUGAACAAAGCAAUCGUGUAUAUUGAAGAAAUGGACAGUGUUGCAGAUGUCACCUUCCCAGCAGUACCCCAAGUCGUCUCUCUUUUGUUAUAUGAUGACGCUUUCAAAUCCAAAGACAAUCCACAGCCUCCAACUGGUUACCCUGUAGUGUGUGUGACGGCAUGUAAUCCCAAAUAUUCAGAAUUUGACAAGACCGGUUCCAUCUGUGCUGCAGAGAAUAUCAAUGACACGCUCACUCAGUACCGCUGGUUGGUCAGUGCUCCAAGUGGCAGUGAUGGGGUGACCAGUCCUAUGCGAGAGGUGGAUUCCAAUACAUUCUUCACUGAUACAAAGUCAAUCACGCUAGAUUCUAUCUAUUUCCAUGCUGGCUCCAGGGUACAGUGUGCUGCCAGAGCAGUCACCGCUAAUGGGGAUUCGGGCCUAGAGCUGAUGAGUCCUAUAGUCGCUGUCAGCAGAGAAGAAGGAUUGUGUCAGCCGCGGGUUCCAGGAACAGUUGGCGCUGAGCCUUUCUCUGCAAAAAUCCGUUACACGGGUCCAGAGGAUCCUGACUAUCCCAAUCUGAUAAAGCUGACAGUGACAAUGCCACAUAUGGAUGGUAUGCUUCCUGUCAUAUCAACCAGACAUAUGUCCAACUUUGAGCUUACACUUAGCCCAGAUGGCACUCGAGUUGGUAACCACAAAUGUUCCAAUCUCCUGGACUACAAUGAGAUUCCAACCAAGCAUGGUUUCAUCACAGAGAACCCCAAGAAUGAUGACGUGAUAGGUGAAACCUCCCCAUACCAGUACAGUGCAGCUCUGAGGUCAUCCAGAACAUUGCGUUUUUACCGUAAUCUCAACCUGGAGGCCUGUCUGUGGGAAUUCAACAGCUACUACGAUAUGUCUGAGCUCCUGACUGAUUGCAGUGGCUCCAUAGGAACAGAUGGGCAGGUACUGAACUUGGUUCAGUCUUAUGUCACUCUGCGGGUGCCUCUGUACGUCUCCUAUGUGUUUCAUUCACCAGCUGCGGUUGGUGGCUGGCAGCACUUUGAUUUGCAGUCAGAGUUAAGACUGACCUUCGUGUAUGACACAGCCAUCCUAUGGAAUGAAGGCAUAGGUAGCCCUCCAGAAUCUGAACUUCAGGGAUCCCUUUAUCCAACCAGCAUGCGCAUUAACGAAGAGGGGCGUCUAGUUGUGAACUUCAAAACUGAAAUUCGCUUCCGUGGACAGUUUGUGCUGUCUCAUCCAGGUACCUCGUUGUCCUCUAUGGUCAUGUCUGCUGACCACCCUGAGCUCACCUUCACACUGAGCCUUAUCCGCAGUGAACCCAGCUUCAGACAGCCUGUGCAGCAGUGGAGUUUUGUCUCAGAUUUUGCUGUACGUGACUACUCUGGCACUUACACAAUAAAGCUUAUUCCAUGUAGUGCAUCACCUAACCAAGAAUACACUGUCCCUGCUAUCUGCAACCCACGUGAGCCAAUCACAUUUGACAUCGAUAUUAGGUUUCAACAGGUUAGUGAUCCAGUAUCAACGGAGUUCAGUUUAAACACUCAGAUGUACCUACUAUCCAAGAAGGAACUAUGGCUAUCCGAUGGUUCAAUGGGAUUUGGUGAAGGAACGGAUGUUGCCUUUUCUGAAGGGUCUGAAAUUUAUGGACGUGUAAUGGUGGAUCCUGUUCAGAACCUUGGAGAAUCUUUCAUCUGUAACAUUGAGAAAGUAUUUUUAUGUACUGGUGGAGAUGGCUAUGUCCCCAAGUACAACCCAGACAACAGAGAAUAUGGAUGCCUCGCAGAUUCAUCUACUUUACUCUAUAGAUUUAAAAUAUUGGACAAAGCGCAGCCAGAAACUCAAGCUAGACUGUUUGGGAAUGUUCAGUUUGAAGCUAAAUUAGCAGCUGACAGCCCAGAGGCUCUGCCAUUAGUAAAGCAGCCAGGAUCUGAUGGCUUCAGUCUGUCAUCAAAUGCCCUAUUCCAGGUGGCUGCUGGACGUGAAUGGUUCAUUCAUACCAUCUAUACAGUCCGCUCAAGAGAAAAUGCGAACAGAGGUAUCGGAAAACGAAGCAUUGAAUACCACCACGCCAUAAGCAAAGGUGUAGCUCAAAGUGAGCAACUGCUUUUGAAGAGGAGCCGGAGAGCUUAUCAAGACAAUGCAGCCUUGCCAGACAUUGGAGCUGAUAAGAACAGAGGGACAAACAUUCAGCACAUUACUCUUAGACAUCCCCGCAGGGCCUCUGGCCAGGACGCCUUACCUGGAUAUGGACAGUACGACAAGCCCGUCCUGGGAAUCACUGGCCAGGAUUCUCAGGGUUCCUUGUUCCCAGUCAUUGGUGGGGUAGUUGCCUUGCUGCUCCUGAUUUGCACUACUGUCAUUAUUGUGUUUCUGAGACGCAGAGGACAGUCGCAUACAGAUAAAAAGUCUGCCUCUAACAGUCACUACAAUAGCCGUGAAACUGUGACCACUCGAAAUAGUAGCAGUGACAACUCUGAGGUAUAGAACAAUGAAAAGUAACUUCAUGUGUCAUGGUGCUUAUACAUGUUGCUGACGUUCAG